AUGAAGCAGCAGCACCCGCCACACUCCUGUCCACCCCACCACACACAGAACAGUGGAGCACCUGACCUUACUGCUGGUACCUCUCCUACCCCCACACACCACACACCAUGUCCUACUGCCCCUGAUCCCCCUUCCCAAGACCUGCAUCCACCCCUUCCCAACAUAGAGUCUCCCCAACCUCAGGAGGAAGAAGAGGAAGGGUACAGCUCAUCCAUAACGCAGUCUGUUAGUACUCAAAGUGGAUUUGACAACCAGACAGACCUAGAGAACCAGAGGGAGGGGGACCAUGGAAAGGGGGAUCUAAAAGAGACCGGUCUGGUAGAAGAAGACAGAAGCAAGAGGGAUCUGGUAGAGGAUGACCAGGAAGAUGGAACUAAUGAGUACUGUUCUGACACUGAGAGUGCUGCCUCGCUAAGCAUGGAGGCUCCGCCCCUGAGUUCACCUCCUCACCAAUCACCAUUCUUGCCCCCUCCACUUCAGUCUGAGAACUCGGACCAAUGUAGUGACGAGUUUAGCCCAAGCCCCACCUAUGAAAAUGACAUAAUGCCUGAUGAUGAGAGCUGCACUGAUUCUCCACUGUCCCACCCCAAAUCCUUCACCUUCAGAGACUCGUAUCCUAAGACCUAUGCAGAAUUUUAUAAUGAGUCCUACCCACAGUCAGAAUCUGUCACAGAAUCCUACACAGAGCCCUAUGCAAAAUCCUACCCCCAGUCUUUCCCUGAACCCUUGAAAUUGAUUAAUUAUCCAGACAGGAGAUCUGAGGCUGACUCUGAGCCAUAUUCAGAACCUCACCCAGGGCCCUACAGUCAUAGACAGAGGGAGCAUAUUUAUAAGGGAGCUACAGACACUGAACCCCAACCCCGUGACUCCUGGCCAGGUAGGGAUGUGGGGUUACCACAGACCAGCCCCCAUUGGCAGGGACGCUCAGUCGGCUCAAGACUACACCAUUACGAUGACACUACGUCUGACGGGGAGGGCGACAGCCUCAAAGAAAGCCCCAGAUCCCAAAGCCUGGGGCCACCUCCCUGGAACGUGCAAGGUGAAGCCCAGUCAGAGCGUCCCAGCUCUGGGCAGCCUGGUUCAGGUGAGCUCCAGGAUGAGCAGGCCGGGAUGGAGCUCCGAACUCCAGUGGAAGGCCUUUCCGAGGACAGUGUCACAUGCUCAGGGGAUGCUAUCUCUCUGGCCAUCAGGAACAUCCGAGAGGCCAUAGAGGAGGUGAAGACAAAGACGGUGCGCUCGCCCUACACUCCUGACCAGCACAUAGAGCCUGUGUGGGUGAUGAGACCGGAGGUCAGUCCUAAUGAGGACGAAUCCUCCCCAGAGCAGCCACCGGGAGGCAACCCUGUCUCUCAGUCUCCUUCGCACUAUAACCUAGUCCCAGCCCGAGUUCCAGCCCCGGUCCAUGUUCCAGUACCAGCUCCAGCCCUAUCCCGAGUUACAGCCCCAUCCCGAGUUCCAUCCCGAGUUCUGGUGCCAGUCCCAGAGCAUGUCUGUCCUGUGAGGGCAGAGUCCUCCAGAACACACCAGGUUCAUCAGAGGGAGCAUAGAGAUCAGAGGGAGCCGCCUAGGCCACCAUCCAUUGAGGAGAUCCAGAGGCAUAUGCCGUCCUUCCCUACAUACGUGGAAGUCCCAGGGCCAUGUGACCCACAGGACCUUAUUGAUGGCAUCAUUUUUGCAGCCAGCUACCUGGGCUCCACCCACCUGCUGUCAGAGAGGACUCCCACUAAGAGUGCCCGCAUGCAGCAGGCCCAGGAGGCUAUGAGCCGUGUCAGGACCGCACAAAAGCAAGCUAAAAACAGAAAGAAGACUGGGGGUGAGAUUCCUUCUUCCACUGAAGUGGAUCUCUUCAUGUCUACACAGAGGAUCAAAGUGCUGAAUGCAGAAACUCAGGCGUCCAUGAUGGACCUGCCACUGAGGACCAUCUCCUACAUUGCUGACAUAGGCAACAUGGUGGUGCUGAUGGCCAGGGGGAAGAUGGUACGUUCCAGGAGCGCUCAGGAACAUCUGAACCAUACAACUGACCACUCUGACCACACCAACAGCCCAGCCCGCGACGACCUCCCCCAGUACAGGAUGGUCUGCCACGUGUUUGAGUCGGAGGAUGCCCAGCUCAUAGCCCAGUCUAUUGGCCAGGCCUUCAGUGUGGCAUACCAGGAGUUCCUGCGGGCCAAUGGCAUCGACCCAGAGGACCUGAGUCAGAGGGAGUACAGCGACUUGCUCAACACUCAGGACAUGUACAACGAUGACCUCAUCCACUUCUCCAAGUCAGAGAACUGCAGAGAUGUUUACAUAGAGAAGCAGAAGGGAGAGAUGCUGGGUGUGGUCAUAGUGGAGUCAGGCUGGGGCUCUAUUCUGCCCACCGUCAUCAUCGCUAGCAUGAUGCAUUCUGGGCCUGCGGAGAAGUCUGGUCGACUCAACAUUGGUGACCAGAUCAUGACCAUCAAUGGAACCAGUCUGGUUGGACUGCCCCUCUCCACUUGCCAGAGUAUCAUCAAGGGUCUGAAGGCCCAGUCCAAGAUUAAGUUGAACAUCGUCAGGUGUCCCCCCGUCACUAUGGUGCUGAUCCGCAGACCAGACCUCCGAUACCAGCUGGGCUUCAGCGUACAGAAUGGCAUUAUCUGCAGCCUGAUGAGGGGGGGCAUUGCUGAGAGAGGAGGGGUCCGUGUCGGUCAUCGCAUCAUUGAUAUCAACGGUCAGAGUGUGGUGGCUACACCUCAUGAGAAGAUUGUUCACGUCCUGUCAAAUGCAGUGGGAGAGAUCCACAUGAAGACGAUGCCUGCAGCCAUGUACCGUCUAUUGACUGCCCAGGAACAGCCUGUCUACAUCUGA